AUGAAGACUGGUACUACCAUCAACCAGUACUGGGAUCGGAUAUCCAAAGUGCUCAUCCUGCUCGUUGACGCAGGCCUCAACUGGUACUUCUUGCGCAUUGUCCAGAAGAGACUCCUCGAGCAACAUGGCUUGACCAAAUACGCCCCCUUGGUCAGCUUCAACGCCAAGCUCAUGGUCUUGUCGGUUGCUAUGGACGCAAUGUUGGUCGGUCUGAUGUCCCUGCCCAAUGAGGUAGUCUACAUCCAAUUCCACCCCGUGGCCUACAUGGUCAAGCUCAACAUUGAAAUGUCCAUGGCAUCUCUGAUCACGCGCUUGGCACAGGGCAAGAAUUCCGACGCCCAUUUCAACUCCCUUUCCUAUUCCACCCGGAACAGAAAUUGCCACAACCAGAAAUACGACCCCACCGAGCGCGCCGUGGGCCUAAGGUCCUUCACCAAGUCCAGGGCGCAGGCUACUUCGGACGGCGAGGCUGAGCCCGGGCACGGAACUGGCAUCAACAGAAGAUUCGAUGUCGAAGUCACCGUGCACCAUGAUGAGCCCAGCGAGCGGCAUCCCAGCAAGGGGCAUGGCAAUCAUGUGGUUGAAUUUACCGAGCUCGAGGACGAGAUGUCGUUGACGUACAACCCGGGACCGCCGAGAACAACUGCGUAUAAGUAAGUUAUAACGUUGUGGUGUAGAAGGUUUCCAUGGAGAGUGGCGUCCCAUUGAAGCUGUCCACAAUGUUACUACAUAUUCAGCAGUGCAGCGUUAACCGG